AUGACUCGUACAAUAACGGUAGUAGGAGCGACAGGCACACAAGGCGGCUCCGUAGUCCGCGCCCUCCUCAAGGAUCCCAGCUACCACGUCCGCGGCCUGACCCGUAAUAUUCAAAGCGAGAAGGCCAAAGCACUAUCUCAAGAGGGCGUCGAGGUCGUCGAAGCCAACAUCAAGUCCGUUUCAUCACUGAAGAAAGCCUUUGAAGGCUCCUACGCCAUUUUCGUCGUGACCAACUUCUUCGAGGCUUUUCCAAGUGUUGGGAAGGAGGAAGCCGUCAAGAUAGAACAUUAUAUCUGGUCGACAUUGCCAGACAGCCGUGAAGUCAGUGGUGGAACCAUCGCUAUCCCACAUUACGAAGGAAAGAAUCAGGUCGAUGUCUACAUCCGCGGCACCGACCUGAUCAAGAAGACGACUUUCCUCUGGAUUCCCUCCUACGCUCAAAAUAUACACUACCCAUGUUAUCAGCCUUUCGCACUUCCAGGAGAUGGAUUGACCCUGUACCAGCUGCAAGCGACUUCUCCUACUACAAGAUGGAAGCUCGCUGGCGAUGUGAACAACAACAUUGGUCUCUUUGUUACCGCCAUAUUGACACAAUCUGAGAGAACGCUGCCAGGGAGAAUCGUACUCGCAGCUGCAGAUGUCAUGACUGCAGAAGGGGUGGUCGCCGCUUGGGCGAAGCGGGACGGGAAGAAGGGUAGGAUUCUGGAGGUCAGUCGUGAAGAGUAUUUUGAAGUUUGGCCUCAGUGGGCCGAGGUGAUGCAUGCUUCGCAUGUGUAUUGGGAGACUUUUGGCGACAAAGCGUUCUCUGCGAAUGCGCAGGUGGUGUUGGGAAAGGAGGAGUUGGGGAUUGAGGGGUUGAUUGGGACAGCAGAGUAUUUUGCCAAGCUGUGA